AACAGUAAGUGUGAUUCUUUCUGUUAAUGGUGGGACAUGGUACAGAUGAAGUGGGGAAAACUAAUUGACAACUGUCCGGUUUCUUAUGAGCAGUAAAUAUAUUUGUUUUCGCGCUCUGUAAAGAAGAUCACUGUACUGAUUUUUUUCUAAUUUAUCAGGAACAGAUAUUAAAAUUUUGUGGAAAAGUUCGCUUACUUAAAGCAGUAAUCAUUAUAUAUUCUGGUGGAAACACAAACACACACUGACGACGGACAGUUGAUAUUGUCAGUGGGUGCUGCAAAACUGUGACAAUAAAGUGUAUCGUUAGCGUAGAAUUUAAUAUCCGUGACAUAUUACAGGAACGCUGCACAGGUUUCGUACUGUCAGUUUUUUUGCAUUAUUUAGCAUCCUGAUGUGAACUAGAAUUCAUUCUCAAUACCCGUUAAUUGAAUUGCGUUUUCCACCACCAUUUAGGUUUUGACCAUGUCUUUAAUAUAGUUUCCUAAUUUCACGGUCGCGUAAUGUUAACAGGUUGGCUGUAAAGCAAAUCUGCGUUGGAAGAACGUUUUUUGUGGCCAAUAAGUUAAGAAUUUGAAAGUGUAGUGAUACUUUUACAGCCCUAUUUUAAGUUAACAUAAUGGCAUUCAGUUUCGGUAAUACUGCAAAAUUCCCAACGCAAACGUCUGCACCAUCUUUUGGUUUUGGCUCCUCGUUAACGACAACCGCUAAACCGGCAGCCACAGGUUUCUCCUUUGGUACUCCUAGUUUUGGCCUUGGUACUACAGCAGCCACAACAACAACAGGUUUUGGUUUUGGCGGCCUUGGAUCAACACAGAAUACUGGAUUCAGCUUUGGUGCCACAACCACGACAGCAGCUGGGACUGGUGGAUUUGGUACUGGCAGUUUACAGUUUGGUGCUGGAUCAGCCGUAUCUGGGACUGGAACUGCUCCGACAUUUGGUGGAUUUGGAACCACAGGCCAGCAACAAACUGGAUUUGGAUCUUUUGGCGCGUUUGGUGCAAAACCGGCGACAUCAAUAGGAGCAUUUGGAAGCACUGGUUUAUUUUCUCAACCACAACAGCAGCAGCAGCAGUCAUUUUUGCAGCAGCAACAAGCGCCUUUGAAAGGGGAAGAGGCCAUUGCAAGGGCUGUGUACUUUGUGCAGAUAUUUGGUGAUGAACGUGAUCAAGUACUGGCAAAAUUUAACAUGCUUCAGGCUUUGUGGGGUUGUGGAAAAGGUUACUAUUUACCUGGCCAACCACCUGUAGAAUUUACUCCUGCUAACCCUUUGUGUCGAUUUAAGGGUAUAGCUUACAGUCGCAGAGUAGAUCCUGAAGAAGCUCGUGAAGGGCUUGUAUUGCUCACGUUUGCAAAGGCAGAGGCAGAUGUGCGAGCUGGUCAGUCGCAGCUUGUCCAGAUCUUGCAAACUGCACUGGGAGAUAGAGCUACGAUUCACAUCGACAGUAUUCGCUCUGUAGGAGCUCAGAGAACAACAGUGAGCCUUUAUGCUGAAGAAGCACAACAGCAGUUAGGAACAGCAAAACGUCGCUGUGGAGCAGCAGAACUGGCAGCGGGCAUACGUCAACAUUUGACCCAGCUGGGUGCAGAGUCAGUGCUGCCCCUUACUCUCCUGUUGUCUCCUGAAGUGGAACGAUACCUUUCAGAGCCUCCUCCAGGCAUUGAUGCCCGUCUCUGGAAACAAGCACAGGCUGAAAAUCCAGAUUCAGCCAAUCUCAUACCUGUCCCGGUCAUUGGGUUUGAAGCACUUGCAGCACGUGCUAAAGCCCAGGAACGUGAGGCAGCUGCACACUUAGCAGCAUUAGAUCGAUCAGCUGCUGAAGUUUCUACUUUGCGUGCAGCAUUGGCACGUACAGCUGCUAAGGUUUCUGAGCAACGUCGCCGAGCACUUUCUUUGGAGCAUAGAGCACUAGUUGUAGUCGGCAGACAGCAGAUCAGACGUAAAGCAGGGCAAGCGCUUGACCCUCGUGAAGAGGCUCUGUUGAGUCGAUUGCAGGCACUUCAAGCCCAUCUUUCUGCUCCAUCUGUUGUUAAAGCUCGACUGAAUGAAAGCCUGUCUCAGGUACGCUUGAGGCGAGGAGUUGAUGGCACAGCAGGACCAGGAAGUGGUUUACGGAGUUCAGCAAUGUUUGGUGAUGACUUAAGAAAAUUUCUGGAAAUGGAACAAGAUGGCAUUGAUCGCCUUGUAGAAGUUGUGCGAUCUGACUUGAGCUCUAUGCGUACAAUUCAGGAAGGACUUUGCAAACUUUUGCCACAGCAGUACAAAUGAGAUUUCACUUAAUUUUGACAAAAAAUGGAAAUACAUGUGAGAUGUGAUCAUUGUGUUUAUGGUGAGCUUCUACAAUGGAGUUGUUCCUACAGCAUUUGGCUGUUUUGUGAAUGAUAUAUUUUCUGUGACUAUUUUUUUACUCAUUUGUUAAAAUUUUAUUAUUGUGCUGUUGGUGUAUUUUGAAUAUAAGACAACUAUCUUGUGCUACAUUUAUAAUUCAUUAAAUUACUACUGCUUCCAGGUCAUAGUAUUGCAUUUAAAAUAUUGUGGGUGAAUUUUAUAUGCAUGGUAUGGAAUCCAUCCUCCAUGCCCAUGCCCCCUUUUUCUCACCCCUCCCUCUCCUGCUUUGCAUACACAGUCAUUCAGACAUGCAGGUGUAACAUGUACACAUUGGUUUAAAGUAAUGCAGAAUGGAAUGAAUCCAAGGGAAUUUUUAACAUGUAAUCUGAAGAGAAGAUGAAAUAUAUUUAGCCAACACCUAGAAUUUAGAGCAUUGUAAAAUGAAAGAAAAAGACCUUAGAUUCAGGGUACAUAUAGGAAUAUAGAAAAAAAAUAGUAGAGUUGCUUAGGAGCUAAGAAGAGAUGAUUAAGAGAAAAAGGAUUGGUCAAACCAAACUGGAAAUUGAAGGGAUGCAACAUUUCAUAAAGCAGGAGUGCAAAACUUCAUGUUAAUGUGGCAAAGUUUCUGCCACAGUCUGAUAAGUUGCUAACAGUGUAUUCAGUGAAUUGGUUUACAUUAUUGUUGAGUAGUCACUUGGUGUGUGUUAAUUAGUGUGGCGUAUGUUUUCCUUUUUAAGUCUUAAUCAUUGCCACAGGUCAAGAGGCAACGACUACACUUUAUUCGAAGAUUUAUUGUUUGAUGGAAUGUACACACAAAUUAGGCCUACUAUGUUGUUAAGGAGUGAGUUGGACAGGGUUGCAGUGUGUUUAUUUAUGGAAUGUACACACAAAUUACUAUGUUGGUAUGAAGCGAGUUGGACAAGGUUGCAGUGUGUUUAUUUAAAAGUUUGGUUCUCUGGCUUUUUUUCAAACUGCCACCUGUUUCUUGAUGUAUGUUUAUCAAAAAAAUUACUUGUUUGUUAAGGGGGGAAAGCCCCGCAUGAUGAAACCAGAACUUAUAAUCGAUGAUUUUAUUAUUGUCCAUUGCUUUGGGCCGUCAUUUGUAAGAAUUGACCUAUUCCAUAACAUCACUAUUUUAAAUGUAUGUUGCUUAUUCAUCAGUUUCUUACAUGAUAGUUUCAAUUUCCUCUCAGUGUGUGAUUAUUAUGUGGAAAUUUCGUAAAUAUGAUUUGAAAAGAGCAAAAUCAAAUGUGGAACUGUUCAGAAGAUUCUGAAAAAGCUGUACAAAAUAAAGUAGUACACCUAUUGUUACACUGAACGAUAGAAAUUUACUAUCUGCAUAAGGGGGACAUUCAGUUCAAACGUUGCAACUGAUUUGUUUGCCCUUUGUUGCACUAUUGCAGUUGGCAAGUAGGCCUGCUUAUUGACCAAAAUUGUGAAGAGCUUGUCAUUUUCAAUAUUCACCCCUCCCCACGUUGUCUUAAUUGAUUUGUAAUCUUCAUAAUAUAAAUCUUCUUGUACUGUGUUUGUAUUCUGCCCCAGAAUGAUCUAACACUUGUCAUUAGAGUGACGAUUUGAAAUAUUUAUGUCCACUUCUCAAAGACUUUUGUUUAUUCAUUGAGAAGACUGAUUAUAUUUUUUUAUUUUCAAUUUUUUUAUGCAGAUGUGCAGAUAAAACAGUGAAUGUAAAAGAAUUUUUUAUAUAGUUUUAAUCUGCUUUGAUUGUCUUUUACAUUACUCCAUGCUGCUUUUAAAAAAAAUUGAAAUCCAUUUUAUAGACAGACUUGUAAUUACUCAUAUGUGAACUUGUCUUCUUUUAGUUUGUUUCUGCCUGCCAUAAAAUAUUGAAAGAUAGUCUACUGAAUAAUAUGAUUUCCAAAAUGUGACUGAACUUUGAUGCAAUACCGUUGUGUGUUUGUAUUUACAUUGGAAUGAUAAAUUAAUACAAUAUAUAGCACUAGCAUAGGUUGACAAAAAUAAUUUAAAAAAAAUUAUUACAUUUUUUUGUAUUCUGUGCAUCCAUACCUAUACAUUCAUAAUUGUGUGAAACUUCUGACAAUAAAUCUUGUUGUACUGUG